AAGAAUGUCAAAUCAAGUUGAUUCAGCUCGUGAGACAGAGUUGCCGACAGAGAAUGAGGUUGAGCAGCUAGCCGUAAGGCGUGCCGGGCGUUUUGGUGUUUACAGAGUGGCGAAGGUUGAAGAUGGCAAAUUCUGGCUCAUGGGCGGGAUGUUCUUUUGCAUCGCCUAUAUUUAUUCGGUUAUACGAGAGUUGAAAGACUCGUUCAUCAUCAAGCGACAGCUUCCAGCGUCUAUCAGUUUUUUGAAAUUGUUUUACGUCCCGCCUGUGUCAAUAGCAGCGUCUGCACUGGUACAGAAGUGUCUUACCAUCUCGUCGAACAAGCGAAUUAUGAGCUAUGUUAUUGCGUUUUUUGGUGCGUAUUUCUUGCUUUAUGGUGUGGUGAUUCUGCCGUUACAAGACAAGAUUGAACCAAGCAAUUUCAACGCAACAGAUGACUUCAGUGAUUCUAAAAUGGCGUAUAAAGGGCUUGAGUCGGUGUCAGCAAUCGUGCUUACACUGAAUUGCUGGACAUCUACGCUGCACUUUGUAGCAUCUGAGGUGUGGGGUACGAUGGUACUUUCACUUCUUUUCAUGUCAUUUUCGAAUGAUGUGUGCCCAUUUAGACAGUUCAUUCGAUUCAUGCCACUUUUCUAUGUGUUAUCGAACAUAGCACUGAUAGGAUCAUCGCUCACGAUGUUAUCAUACCAGUAUUACAACCAGAUCGUGACAUACUACGUUAAGCAGAUGAUGCUUAGAAUAGCGUUUGUUAUCAUUGCAGUCUUCUGUUUGGCAACACUUGUUUUCCAGAUUAUUCUUGAAAAGAAUGUUCUGGGCAAGGUUUUGUACACGAUUGAAGGUGAAGGACAAAAACGAUCAAAGAAGGCGAAACCGUCGUUUUCAGAGGGAAUACGUCUUAUGUUCAAGUCGAAGCUUGUCCUCGCAAUAUGUGGAAUCGUUCUCGCCUACAACAUCGGUACAAACAUGGUUGAAUCGUGCUACAAGAGCAGUUUGAAGAUUGUGUCUAUGGCGAACAAGAAAGACACCGGAAACCACGUUCUUCUCAAGUCAUCCAUAAUACAAUUUAUAACCGGAUCAGUGGUCAUUGGAUUGCUAGUAUCCCCUUUUUCACGCAUCAUCCAGAGCCGAGGCUGGAAGAUAGUAGGUAUGAUUCCACCGCUGGUUGCCACAGUUGGUUUCGUGUCAGUUUUCAUGCUCGCUCUGUUCAACACGGGAAGAGAUGGACAGAACAUUCCACCCGUAAAUGCAAUGUUGAAGUCUGAUAUAAGUGAAAAAAAUAGACUGUGGUUCCUGUCGUUUGAGGAGACUGCAUGUGUGCUGGCCGUGUCAUUCUUUAAGAUUUGCAAGUAUGCCGCGUUUGAUAUAGCAAAGGAGACAUUGAGCAUGAAGAUAGACAAAAGAUACCGAGCAAGAUUUAAGGGAAUUUACGAUGGUGUGUGUGGCAAACUCGGUAAAGCCGGUGGAGCACUGCUCCUGCUAGCAUCGAAUUAUAUCAUAAACACCACCGAUAUUCGUAGAGCAUCUUUCUUCUAUCUGAUCAUUUCGUUGAUUAUCGUGCUCGUAUGGUUCUAUCUCGUCAGCUAUCUCGCAGGCAAAUACGAGGAGUCAGUCAAAUUGAAGAAGAACAUCAAUAUUGAUUUGUUCAAGGGAACGAAGAAGAUGUUUAGUGAUGACGAAGACGAGCCUAUUACAGCUACGGGAAGUUGAUAAAUCAACAUUAAAACGCUUUAGUUAA